GGAACUCAAACCAUGCUCAAAUUUGGGGUAACUCGCUCGACGCGAUCAUUGAACUUCAAGGCUUCAUCAAAAUAUGCAGCAAGUUUGCGGCCGAGUCUCUCCUACAACAUGAGCGCCGGCUCGAUCUCAUCUGCGGUUUUUGGAGUGAGAUACAACUCGUCAGCUCCGACAUCUGAGAUCAAGAACAAGCUCACAGAUUUCUCAGCUGAGAACUCAAGUGUUGUCUCUGAUAUGGUGACUACCACCAUGAGGUCUGAUGAACUAGGUUAUAUGGCGUCAAUUGGUCUUGGAGAGGGCUGGGGCCCCACCGCUCUCAUCACCAACAUUCUCGAGAUUACUCAUGUAUAUACUGGUUUACCAUGGUGGGCUUCUAUUGUAUGCGCCACUUUCGCCGUACGUACCAUGAUGUUUCCCUUGUACGUGAAGUCCUCGGCUAAUAUGGCCAAAAUGUCCAGAGUCAAGCCCCAGGUUGACCAGCUUAUGAACGAGAUGAGAAGCGGAACAAACUCAGAAAAGAUGGCCGCCAUGAGCCAGCGAAACAAGUUGUAUAAGGAAAACGACAUUAAGACCUUGCACUCAUUCUUGCCUAUGCUUCAAUUGCCGAUUGCCUAUGGGUUUUUCCAAGCGACAAGAAAUAUGGCAAAUUUCCCAGUGGAAGGAUUCACUACUCAGGGUGCCUACUGGUUUGAAAACUUGACUCAAGCUGACCCUUACUUGGGUUUGCAAAUUCUGACAGCUCUUGUGGUCACAGGUAUGAUGAGAGGUGGUGGAGAAACCGGUGCUCAGACUAUGAACCCGAUGGUCAAAAAGGUUAUGACAUAUUUGCCAUUUCUUUCGAUUUUUGUGACCUACAACUUGUCCGCGUCGGUCUUGGUAUAUUUUGCCGCAAACGCUGUUUUCUCCUUUUUUCAAUCGCUUAUCUUGAAGAAUAAACACUUCCGGAAGUUUGCAGCGAUUCCUCCAAUUCAACCACCAAUCACUGUGCCUGGCGGUAAAGCACCUCCCGCGUCUGUGAGUGAAUGGUGGAAUGAAUACAACUCAAAUUUGAAAAAACAGGCUCGUUCAAAAAUGGAACAAACAAACAAAAAGCUUGAAGCCAUGGAGUCAAGAAGACAAAACAAAGGUGAUGGCUUUAUCAAAAGACAUUAGAAAACUUAACUGUAAAUAGCCCUUUAUAUUCUAUUAUAAUUGAAAACAGACUGUAUUAUUUACCGCCUUUGACUAUUAGUAGCAGCUCUUCACCUUCGGGGUCAAAUAUCAACUGAUAACUUUCUAUCAACAUCUCGAGUACGUGAUUUAUGACACCAAAGUUAUUCAUCAAUGUCUCCAAAUUGCUAGCUUCUGUUAAGGCUGGUCCGAUUACCGUCGCCAAAUUGGAACAUGUCAUUUUGUUGCUUUCAUUUUGCUGCACAACAACGCUUAAGUGCCUCACAAGAGCUCGAAGUGUGCAAUAAUUUUCACGAGGAAGGGUGGAAAAUAUCUUCCUUAACGCUAGUACAUCAUUUUUCGUGAGU